AUGUUGGCAGACGGCGCUGAGAUGCUGCUGGUCUCUGCUAUCGUAGCUGCCCUGGGCCCCGAGCUCCGGAUGGAGCGCAUGGCCCGGGGCCUCCUCGUGUCGAGCUCCUUUGCCGGCAUGCAGAUGGGGAACCUGCUGAGUGGGCCCUUGAGUAGCAGGUUUGGGCGCCGCCGCAUUUGCAUGGUCUCCCUCUGCCUCGUCAGCGUUUUCGGACUGGCUUGCUCGAUCGUGCAGACAAUCGGCGAGCUCUUUUUCAUUCAGAUCAGCUUGGGCUGUGCCAUCGGCAUCGGCGGACCGUCCGCAGUCACGCUGCUGACGGAGGCCACGCCGACCCAGCAGAGAGGGCCCCUUAGCAACGCCACAGGCUUCGCCUACGUGCUUGGAGAGGCUUGGACAGCUCUUGGGCUGCUGCUCUUCAUGCCAAACCUCCAAGGGCCGUGGCGACUCUUGUGCGUUUGGGGCGUGCUGCCUGCCUUCAUCAUGAGCCCGCUGGGACUCCUAGUGCAGGAGUCGCCCAGCUGGCUACAGCUCAGUGGGAAGCACCAGGAGCUCAAAGAGUUGCUGGCCAGGAUGCAGCGCCUUCAUGGAAAAGAUGACGUCGACAUUGAGGUCCAGCAGACAUGCUCUGCCUCAUCCAAGACGUUGACAUCCACUUGGCACACCAUUGUCCAUGGUGGCCACUGCAGGACACUGGUGCUGGCAUCAUACCUGGCCUUUCUGAUGAACUACCUGUUUUACGGCACUACCUUCGCGUUUACGCAGAUUUUCACUGAGAUGGAGGGUGACUGGACCAGCCCGGCAAUGGAGAUGCUGAUCGUCUCAUGCGCGGAAUGUGUCGGCAUCCUGCUCGCGUGGCUGCUGCUGCAGCGUGGCCUGUUGGGUGCCCUAAGUAUCACAUGGGUCUCUUUAUUGGGACCCAAAAGGCCUCGGCUGAGAAACCCAAGGGCCCAAGGCCCGGCUACCCAGACCUGUAGCGCUUUGCCGCAUGCCAUUGCCAGCAGCCCUCAGCAUCCACAGACAACUGACAGCAUAGGCUUAGAGGGUACUUGCAUGAGUGAUCCUGCUGAUCUGGCCGCAUCGAUUCACCAUUUGGCCGAGGCACUUGAGCAGCUGUCCGUCCCUUUCUGGUUCAGGGUCCAGCUCUACAGAAAGAGCCACCCGUGCCUGGAAAGCAGGACAGUGGCAAUAAUGGAGUUUGCCAACAUCGAGUUCCUGGCCGAUGGGGCUCCUUCCUCGUUGGCACUCACUUGGGAGCAGGAGGAGAGGACAGCUCCUCUUGCAGAAGCACCGGCCAUCCCUGUCAUGAAGCGGCAGGGAGGCCUCCUCCUUGCAAUUCCUUCUGGCUUCCUGGCUCUGUCUGCCCUCGAAGGCGGCGAGGAGUCGGACCCUCAUGCGUUGGUUGGUCCCUACCAGCAGCUGCGCGUUCCUUUCGGGGUGUUGGACGAGCAAGGUUUAGAGGUUCCCUUAGACACGGAGGGUCCGGUGGUCUUGUUGGACCUGUCGCUGGGUGUGUUGCCUCUGCUCAGGGAGGCCGCGGAAGAUCUCGGCAGCGAGGAGCUGUUCCCUUUCGUGAUAGGUCAGCCCGAGGCCAUGCCCCUGUCGGACGAGCUCCUUGCCGCAGCCCACCAGUGGCUGACAGAGACGACCGCAAACAGGGCGGCCUUCUACUCUGCUUUGGAGGAGCCGGCUGUGGUGGCGGAGGAGGUUCUUCCCAAGGCGAAGGCGAAGAAGGCGGCUGCAGCCAAGCGCAAGGUCACAAACGCCGAGCUAGCUGCCCAGUUGUCGGAUCUUUCCAAAGUCCUGCCUCAACUUGCUGGACAACUGGCAGAACUCCGCAAGAGACAAGAUGCGCUGGAGGCAGCUCCUCAGGCGUCCCCGCCAGGGCUCACUCCAGCCCACCAGCAGUCCUUUUUGGGAGCAUUGCCAAAAGGGCCGGGUCUACCUCUGGCAAAGCAGGCUCAGCUGAUUGGCCCCCCUCCUCGCGUGAGACCCGAGGCCCAGGCCUGCUCAGGUCAACAGGCUGCCUCCGCAUCUUUGGGCCAAGAUCUCCCGCCAGCACCGGAGCCUUCCGACGUUUUCCAGGCCGCGGUUCUGCAACAGUCUCAGGCUUUGUCUGCUCUAGUAGGGCACCUCGUGGCUCAGCAGGAGGGGGGCCUGGGCGACCUUGCGACUUCAGCGUCAAGCGCUAUCGGGGCAAAGGGGGCUGCAAAAAGAGAGAAGCUUCAGAAUGCCCUCUCGACCCGUUCAGGGGAGUUCUUCCUACAGGUAGUGCAAGCUGCGCACAAAAGAUUGCACCCUGCGACGCCAUGUCCUGCCUCACUAGAUGCCUUCACCGAAUCGGCGCUUAUGUGUCAGUACCUAGAAAGAUAUGGGGGAUUCGCCGGGCAGAGGGAACAAGGCUACGCAAUGUGGUGCCUUGCGCACGUCAUGGACGCGAUGAUCCAGCAAGACUACCAGGGAGCCCAAGAGUUCCUUGCACUCACUUUUGUCGCUAUGGAUCAGUCAUCCAUAGACGGCGGGCGAUGGGACUUCGCGUGGCUGCUCACCUUACUAGAAGAGCCGCCGCCCCAACUCUUCCAUGGGAGAGGCACCGUGGCCAAUCCUCGCACAAGGGCAUUCUCACCGCUGUCCCCUGUGGCAUGGACGACUUGUGCACUCCAGUAUCUGAAAGAGGUCGAUUUGAUCACCGCCAGACGCCUGGAGACACUGGGGAAUGUCUCAUUCGCCACUUGGGUCGGUGGCCUCACAAGAGCCGUCCUGCGCACCAGGCGUCUCCUGCACAUUGUUUGCAUGGCCCUCAACUAUCUUCAUGCCAACUUUGUGCCAAUCCCUGCCCCUGCUCUCCAGCGCCACCCUACUGCUGCACAGCGAUGCCUGGUCGCGCAUGUGGGUAGGCAUUUGAAGGCUUUCGGUGCCUCUGUCGAAGACUUUGUGCUUGCUGACUCCGGCCGCCGCAAUCCCCAAUUAAUUGCACGCCUCUCCGAGCUUUCUGCUUUCUUGACCGCCUCUCAGGUGGUCGGUGGAGACACUUAUGCCGAUGCUUCGGGUACUGUUGUUCCACCCCGCAAUGAUGUGCUGCCUUCCCUUGAGCCUUACAGGACGCUCGAUGUCGCACGGCUCAAACUCUCAGGACGGGGUCUUUGGGAUCCGUCCCCCCAUCUUGAUGAUGAGCUCUUCAUGGCUUGGGCCGAACCAAAGUCCCUUCUGCACAGCAUGCCUCCCCCGGAUGACUUUGUCCCUGUCUGGACCCGUGAGAGCCCCGCCGAGACGCGUGCUCUAGCCCACAUGUGGGAUGAGCAGGGCUUGCUGCAUCUCGCUCCGGCCAUGACCCCGGGAGGAAAGUUUUCGAGGGAGGCCAGAGGUGAUUGCCUUUCAGAUGUGCCCUUCACCGACGACCGUGCUCCCCUGCUCUUCGAACGCGACCGUCUCCUGGUUUGCUUCAAGAGCAUCGCCCAGGGAGAUCAACUCGGUGUUGAAAUAGCAUGUUGCGCUCAUACGGGUCUGCUCGAAGACGCCGGCCUUUUGGGCGAAUCCAGUCGCUUAUGCUCAAACAGGCCUUUUAAAGGCGUCACCGAGGCGCAGGGUCUUGUAAUAGACGAUUUCUUCUCUGUUUGUGUUCAUGACCUCAAGUCCGCGUCCCAGCCUGCUUGCCUGGAUCACCUUCGCACGGCCAAAGACACUUAUCUGCAGAAAGGAUUGUUGGGGUCCGAUGAAAAGGACAUAAAGGGCACCGACUUUGCGAAAAUUGCCGGAGCCGAGCUUAACUCUACUCCGUAUGCUCGCGCAAGGGGUCUUGUCCCAUGGGGUGCACCCAGCCCAAAGCGAAUUGCGCUGGCCAUUGUUUCCGCCGAGGUCGCCCGCCUAAGCCACACCACUGACUGCCUUCACUUGUCUUUGCUUGGGAGUUGGACUUCGGUUCUGUUGUUCCGUCGCCCCCUUAUGGCUGUUCUGGCUUCAGCUUUCAGCCUCGUCAACGCUUCUGAGACUGACGUGAGGAGACCUGUCUUGGUGCAGCUGCCCAGGACCGUUGCUGAAGAGUUGACCGUGCUCAGUGUCCUUUGUCCCCUUGCAUCCACCGACCUCGCUGCAGUGAUGGACUCAACCCUGUAUGCCUCGGAUGCCUCCGAGAAAAAAGGCGCCUUUGUCACUUCCAAUGCAGGAGAAACCGUGACUAGGCCCCUCUGGCGCAUGGCUUCUAAGAAAGGGGGCUACAGCAGGUUGCUCUCGAAGGAAGAGGCUGUUCUUUCCCGCUUCACCGACCGUUUGAGUUCAUUGAAAUUUGCGGAGGCUCCGGCAGGGCGUACGGGUCCGGUUCUUGACCUUUCCCAUAGCCCCGCUUUUGACCUGACUUGGCUCCGGGUCCUUGAGUGGCUCAUACAUCUCAUUCAGAAAGGCCGACUGAAGAGCUUCCUCAUCACGCCGCCCUGCGCCACCUUCAGCUGUGCGGCGUACCCUGCUUUCCGCAGCUAUGAAGAGCCAAGAGGGUAUGUCCCCACUGAGAAGCGAACGCUUGCUGGUACAACUCUCGCUCUCCGUGCUCUGUGCCUCAUGUUCGUUGCCUUGACAUGUGGAGUCAUAGGUCUCCUUGAGCAACCCAGGCUUUCGAAACUGGCUUGGCUUGCGGAGUGGAGGCGCCUUCUUUACCUUGGUGCUCGGGAGUUCAUCACCUCCUCUUGUGCCUAUGGCAGUCCUUCUCGAAGGGAACUUCGUUUCUUAGCCGUUGGCAUUGACCUCACUGGGUUCUGCAAGCCGUGCGCCCGAGAUCAUCCCCAUGUUCAGGUACAAGGUGGCAAGGCAAAAGGCUCGGCAAGGUACACACCGUUGCUUGCGAAAGCUCUCGCCCACGAGAUCGACCAAGCGCUGCGUCGCGAAAGGCAUUGCGCCUCUAUUGCUUGCAUGCAGGCCGAAGGUCUUGAAAAUCCUUUGGUCAAUGAUGUUGUCCUCUCUCUGGAAUGGCAGCAAGGCAAAGCGUGGGUUUGGAGAAGCCCUGCUCACAUCAACAUCCUGGAGACCGCUGCCAUUUUACGCCUUCUCAAACAUCUUGCUGCAAAAGGGCCUCGCAGGCUCGUGAUUCUGGUUGACUCCGCCGUUGCAUUCCAUGCAUCCUCCAAGGGGCGCAGCCCGUCACGGGGCCUCCGCCCAAUCCUCCGCCGAAUUGCAGCCACUUGCAUCACAGCCGGCUUGUUUCCAGCUUUCCAUUUCGUGCCGACUCGCCUCAACCCUGCUGACUGCCCGACUAGGGACUACGCCAUGCCGUUGCCAAGUGCCAGCUCAUUUUGGCAGGACCUUCCUCGGGAUGAGCUGUUUGAAGCCCUUGCUAUGCCCAGGUUGAGGCGUUGGGCAGCCAACUGGGUCAGGCUCUUCUUGCUUGUUAGACGGCCGGUGGAGCCCGUCACUCAGAAGCGCAGAGACCACCUACUGGAAAAUUUUUCCGGCUGGCUUCUUCAGCAGGGCAAGUGUUUGGACGAGCUUCUCUCACUUGAGGCCCCUUCAACUAGGCUGCUGAAUAGGCUCCUGGUGCAGUAUGGGCGACAGCUUUUUGAGGCCGGUUGGCCUUAUUCCCAUUACAGUGAAGUCAUAAACGCUGUCGCCAACAAGGAGCCUCUUCUUCGACGCGCCCUGCAGCCUGCUUGGGAUUUGGCGUUUGCCUGGCUCAGAGAAGAGCCCCAUUCCCAUCACGUUGCCCUUCCCUGGCAGUUGCUUUUGGCCAUGACUGGGCUUGCCCUCAUGUGGGGCUGGCCCCGAGUCGCAGGCGUCCUAGCUCUCUGCUGGGGUGGCAUAUUGAGGAUUGGGGAGGCGCUGUCAGCUUACCGCCGCGACAUUGUCCUGCCGAGUGACGUUGCGCACACUACAACCUUUGCACUACUGAGCAUUCAAGAACCCAAGACCCGUUAUCGUGCUGCUAGGCACCAAAGUGCUAAGUUGGACCAGCCCGAACUGCUGCAAGUCGUUGAGCUUGCAUUCGCACACCUGAAGUUCGACCAGAAGCUCUGGCCAAUGUCAGCUUCUACUUUGCGGAGCCGCUUUAAUGUCUUAGUGCAGAGGCUGGGUGCCAAUGUCUGGCAGUUCCAAGGAAAACGUUGUCUGGAUUUGGGCUCGUUGCGCGCGGGAGGCGCGACAUGGUUGUUCCAUGUCGCGGAGGACGCAGAGUUAUUAAGAAGGCGUGGACGGUGGCUAAGUAGCAGAACGAUGGAGAUAUACGUCCAGGAGAUCACGGCAGUUCAGUUCGUGCAUCUGCUUCGACCUGCGGCACAGGCUCGAGUUCUCUCUUUAGUUCGCUCCUUCGCCAUCAUCCUCGAGAAGGCUUUUGUUUUGCAGUCAAUGCAAUAUCCGACCUCUGCUUGGUUUGGUCAGUUUUCGGCUGGCUGUACCGUGUGGGGUGCUUUCUAUGUGGCGGAUCCUGCUGCUUAUGCGUUGAAGGCUGUUGUCAGCAUCAUGUUCACGUUUCUCUUGCUGUACAUUUCCGAGGCUCUGCCGGUUUCCGUGCGAGCCUCUGGGGUGGGCCUUUGCAUGGGCAUUGGGAGACUUGGUUCCAUUGCAGCCCCGGCUGUGUAUGGCAUUGGCUACCAGUUGCACCGGAGUGCUCUGCCCUUCCUGCUGA